AUGGGCAACCAGUGCUGCUGCUGCGUCUGGUGAGUUAGCUGGGGCCGGCUUGCUGCUUGGGAGCUGGGCAAAGAGGGAGGGAGCGCUUCUUGGGGGCAGCCCAGGGCUACGAAGAAGACCAGCUUUGCCAGCUGCGUCGUGUUAAAGAGAGGGAGAGGUGGUGUUUCCCUGCCGGGUCUGGAGAGCUUGGCUGGUUCUUCUAGCUGGUGCCACCACCAUCCUCCUCAGCCCCGUGGCCGGGAGCAGAGCCACCCGGGCAGCACCUGGUAUCGACUAGGGGAAGGAUGGAAGCGUUCCAGGUUUCACAUCCACAGGAGGAGAUUGCCUGUCUCCUGAUCUGCCUUAAAUGCUUUUGCAGGCAAGAUACAGAGAGAUCCUCCUGGAGCGGCUUCCACUUCUCCAAAGGAGGCAGAGCUUAACUGGAGACAGGUGUCAAGAGGGCUCAGCCCUACGCAGAAGCUAAUUCAUUGUCAAAACCCUGAGACUUAUUUGCUGAGCACGUACAGGGUCUGCUGCCUGUCCCAAUGAGAGCUGCCACUAGCCCAUACAUACCAGGUUGGCUGGGGGGUGGGCGGGCACCUGUGGUUCUCUAGAUGUUGGUGGGCUACAACUCCCAUCAUCCCCAGCCAUUGGCCCUGCUAGCUGAUGCGGCUGAUGGACGGCUGCAGGUUCCCCAUCCCUGUACUAGAUUAUAGGAGGUCAAUGUGUAUAAGUUUGAUGGGCAGGCUGGAGUGCUGGCACCUCCCCUUUUAGAAAUUAACCACUCAGAGGAAGGCUAGCAGGCUGCCAACUUUUCCCACCUGUUGCUGCUCCUGUUACCUUAGCAGCAGUUUUGUCUUGCCUUUAAUAGGCAGUUAUGUUUAUUAUCUCCAUGCUGAGAAAAAACUUUAUAUAUCAGGCAACAGUUAAAAACAUAAGAGCUGACCGAGGGUGGGGGGUCAGUUGGCAAUCCUUGUUGGAUCGACAGCCACUUGAGAAUCCAGUGUGUUAAUCUGCAGAAAGUAUGGAACAACAACCUGAAAACCCCCAACAGUUUAAUUAUUGAAAAGAAAUCCAUUCUUUUCCAUAUAUUGCAGAUGAGGUGGUGAGGCUAGGAAAGAGUGCUGUGCCUAAUGCCACUGACUUUGGGCGACUUUCGAACUAGGAACAUCCCGGUUGUCACUCAGCCAUUCUCUUUUAGGGGGUUCCAACCACUAUUUAUGGGGACCCGGGUGGCGCUGUGGGUUAAACCACAGAGCCUAGGACUUGCCGAUCAGAAAGUCGGUGGUUCGAAUCCCUGCGAUGGGGUGAGCUCCCGUUGCUCGGUCCCUGCUCCUGCCCACCUAGCAGUUUGAAAGCAUGUCAAAGUGCAAAUAGAUAAAUAGGUACCGCUCCGGCAUGAAGGUAAACGGCGUUUCCGUGCGCUGCUCUGGUUCACCAGAAGCGGCUUAGUCAUGCUGGCCACAUGACCCGGAAGCUGUACGCCGGCUCCUUCGGCCAAUAAAGCGAGAUGAGCACCGCAACCCCAGAGUCAGUCACAACUGGACCUAAUGGUCGGGGGUCCCUUUACCUUAACCGCUAUUUGGGCAUUUGAGAACCUAAGCUCGGGGUGCCAAAAAUUCAUUCAGCCUAUGGAGUCCAUAGCUGUCAACUUUUCCCUUUUCUUGCGAGGAAUCCUAUUCGGAAUAAAGGAAUUUCCCUUUAAAAAAGGGAAAAGUUGAGUCCCAAAUGAGAGUAGUUUGGUGUGAUCUAGCAACAUAUGAAGCUGCCUUUUGGUCCAUCUAAUUCAGUAUUGUCUACACUGACUGGCAGCAGCUCUCCAGUGCUUCAAGCAGGGGGUCUCUCCCAGCCCUACCUGGACAUACCACUGGGGAUUGAAACUAGGACCUUUGACAUGCAAAGCAGAUGCUGUUCUACUGAGCUAUAGUCCUUCCAUUCUGGGGAGGAAUCUCCCUAGCAGUCCCCAUUUAUUUUGCCUCCUAUACAGUGGUACCUCGGGUUACAUACGCUUCAGGUUACAUACACUUCAGGUUACAGACUCCGCUAACCCAGACAUAGUGCUUCAGGUUAAGAACUUUGCUUCAGGAUAAGAACAGAAAUCGUGCUUUGGCGGCGUGGCAGCAGCAGGAGGCCCCAUUGGCUGAAGUGGUGCUUCAGGUUAAGAACAGUUUCAGGUUAAGUACGGACCUCCGGAAAGAAUUAAGUACUUAACCUGAGGUACCACUGUAUACCGUGUUUACUUGAGUCUAAUGCGCCAUCGAAUCUAUUGCGCACCUCAAUUUUCAGAACCUUGAAACAAAAAAAAAGUAUUUGCUGGUGAAUGUAAAUGUGCCAUUGAAUCUAAUGCGCACCUCAAUUUUCACAAUGUAAUUUGGGCAAAAAAAGGUGAGCAUCUGAUACUGAGUAAAUACAGUAAUAGAAGCAGCAGCAGAAAGAAGCAGAUUCCUUUUAUGGCAGGUGGAAGGAUCUCCUACAUUGGGAGUGUGGGUGGGGAGAGCCCAGUCUGCGGUGUGGCCGCUGUCUGAAAGACUGCUUUGAGCAAGAGGAGAGAAGGCUCACUGUGUAACAGAAGUAUUGAUUUUCGGUUUUGCUGUGACGCUAAUGGUUUGUGGUCGAACAGAGAAAUAGCAUCAUCUAGUGGAGAGAGAACUGCAGAGUUAUUUCCUGGUGAAAAGUUGUCUAGAUUUGUUGGUGGAUUUUCAACUUGGUCCUUAAUUUUUUUAAAAAAGCACACACACACACAAACACCCGAUGUUCUCACCUGGGAUAUCUGGUUUGACACACGCAACUUCUAGUGUUAUUUUCACGACAAGCACACAUACAAGCAAACAGGGAGCCUUUCAGAAUUUGAUUACCACCAAACCACUGGUCUGCGGGCACCUAUCAAAUGAGAAGAAGAAGAAGAAGAAGAAGAAGAAGAAGAAGAAGAAGAAGAAGAAGAGUUUGGAUUUGAUAUCCCGCUUUAUCACUACCCGAAGGAGUCUCAAAGCAGCUAACAUUCUCCUUUCCCUUCCUCCCCCACAACAAACACCCUGUGAGGUGAGUGAGGCUGAGAGACUUCAGAGAAGUAUGACUGGCCCAAGGUCACCCAGCAGCUGCAUGUGGAGGAGCGGAGACACGAACCUGGUUCCCCAGAUUACGAGUCUAUGGCUCUUAACCACUACACCACACUGGCUCCCUGAGCCUCUGCUGUGAGGAGUCCAACUUCUCACAGACGCUUGUGGAGCCAUCCCCGCCACAAAUUUAAAGGAGGUGGCUUCUCCCAAAGAAUCCUGGGAACCGUAAUUUGUUAAGCAUGGUGGGGAAUCAUUGUUUUGUGGGUGUAGGUGUUAAGCUACAGUUCCCAGGACUAUUUGGCAGAAGCCAUAUGUGCUUUAAAUGUAUGGCGUAGCUGUGACCUCUCUGCAGGGCUUUUCAAAGCCAGUUUGGGGCAACAGGGGAAAAUUAAAAGGGAAAAAACCCAGAUCAGAUUCACCCAUCCCUUCUGUGAAUGUGAAGAUGAGAUCAACAUCACAAAGAGAAAGGGCUUCUCUUGACUGCAAGUGGGAAAUGGAAUGGUGGUGGGUGGGUCAGCAAAAGCACAUGCUGGAUAACUGCAGAACAGAUAAUAAAUAAUAAAUAAUAAUAAUAAUAAUAAUAAUUAAUAAUUUUAUUAUUUGUACCCCACCCAUCUGGCUGGUUUGCCCCAGCCGCUCUGGGCAGCUUCCAACAUAUAUAAAAACAUAAUAAAACAUUACACCUUAGAAAGCUUCCCUAUACAGGGCUGCUAGCAAUCUGGGAAUCCCCCUCAGGCAAGGCUGGGGAACCUGUGUGUUAAGUUGUGGGUGAACAUAUCAGACGACACAGCGAUUCUUCAAACAGCUCUUGUUUAUUCACAGGCCAGAACUGAACUGAAGGGUUCAGCUAGCCUGCUUAUAUAGAGCUCCACUAGAACGCAACAGUAACCAUUUUCUGUAACUAUCCAAUCACUGAACGUCACUUUCGAUCCCUUAUUUGCAUAUGUGGACCUGAGUGAAAACUAUCUACAGUAUCCCCCUGCUGGCCCAGGGUGGGAACUUCAGUACAUAACACUGUGAAUGGUGCCUUGUUUCCCAUCAGCCCAAGCCAAUAUAGCCAAUGGUCAAGGAUGUUGAAACUUGGGAGUCCAACAGCAUUUGGCAAGCCACCGGUUUCCCAGCCCUGUUCCUGAGGUUAAGGACAACGUUUUCUGUUCAGGUGGUUCUGAAUAGAACCUAAGAGGAGCCUGGCCUGCUGGGUCAGACCAAAGUCUCAUCACAGCUCAGCAUCUUGUUCUCACAGUGGCCAAGCAGAUGCUCAAAAUGGAAGCCUACAAGCUGGACCUGAAUCCUCACUUGUGAUUCCCAGCAGCUGGGAUUCAGAUAUUUUGGCCUGGUCUGCUAGGCUUGAGAAGACAUUUCAGACUCCUGCUGAGCAUCUCCAUCAAAAAUUUGAUUGUGUACUUUGUGAAUGGCAACACAGCUGGGAAAAUGGGCUUUUGUCAUGAGUAUCUGGUUUGUUUUAGCUUUGUUUUAAACAUAUCUACUGGGUACUUAAAGAGUUAGGAGAGCCUUAAUAAACUACAGUUCCCAGAAUUCUUUGGAGGAAGCUGUGACACUUAAAAUGGUAUAAGAGUGCUUUCAACAUAUGGCGCAAAUGCCGUUCUAAAAACAAGUAAUGUGCUUGUCGGUUGUUUUACAGUUUUUGAACGUGUGGGCCAGAAUACUAGAAAGCAGGAACAAAUGUCUCUCUUAGAGAGCAGUUUAAGCAGAAUCAUGCCUCCGAGUUCCCCCCUCUAUCUCCAUAAGUAAUGAGGACUAGAAACUGACUUUUUAAAAAUUGCUCCUAGAUUGCAAGGUAUUCCCUCCCCCCCCCCCAUGAUUUUGCAGACUCCAGUCCACAAUGGCUCCUGUUGCUUUUUCUGCCUGAAAUCUUCCAACAGAAAGGUGCUUUGGUGGGAAUCUUGGAACUCACGUGUUCCCUGGAGCUCUUGCUACAUUCAGGGCCCCAUCUACACUUUCAUUUCUCCCUUGAAAGUGAUUUCAGGUCUGAGAAGUUUUUUUGGGGGGGGGGUGUCUUUUGGCCCCACCACUUUCCCUAGUAAAAUCUGAUAUUCAAUCGCUGAAUCAGAGCAAAUGUCAAUUGGGUUUUCUGUGGAUUUACGUUUGUUCCGAUUCAGCAGUAAACAGUUGACUUUACUGAGGAAAGCAGCAGAAGCACACAAACACACAACUUCUUGGACCCAGGUUUUGAAAGUGUGGGUGGGCCCUUCGUCUCCCCACCAGUGCCGGAUUUAUGUAUAGGCUACGUAGGCUGAAGCCUAGGGCCUCUAAAUCUAGGGGGCCUCGCCAUCCCUCCCGCUCCCCAGCGGGCAGUCUCCCCUCUCCCAAAAUUGCAAACCCAAGACUUCACGCAAGGGCAGGGCAACUCACGCCUCUAAAUCUAGGGGGCCUUGCCAGCCUGCCCGCUCCCCAGUGCAGCUGUCUCCCCUCUCCCAAAAGUGUAAACCCAAGACUUCAUGCAAGGGCAGGGCAACUAAGGCCCAGCAACUAUUAGACUCAGGGCUGGCCAGUGGGGCCUAAUUUGAAGCAGUGGGGCGCAACUUGAAUUUUUUUUUCUUGUAGGGCCCCAGUUCACAGCCAAAGUCUGCAAAAUCUUAUAGAUAUAAAUAAAAUCCAUCUAGAUUGCCCUGGUGCAGGGGCCUCCUUAGGAGCAGCACACAGGGCCCAAUUUGGCCCAGUUGCUCCAACUGCCUUAAGGUCAGCCCUGAUGAGACUGUGCAGGGGUUGGACGGACAAGCCCUGCACCUUCUAGGUCCCUGGUGUCACCAUUCAGAGUAUAGACUUAAGGACUUGUUAUGGAAAUAAGGGGGGGGCACAUAUUGGAAAUCAGUUUUGUCACCUCUUCCCCCCCCCAAACCCCGAGACAAUGACCUCAGCCACCUUUUAUUCACAGUUGCAUAAGCACUACACCACAGCAUGGCCAUAAACCUGUAAGUUCAACUGCUGAAAUAUACACCCAAUAUGUAGCAAUGGAGAUUUAUGUUGCUGCUUUAUGAAUGAACACGGUGUUUUAUGAAUGGACUCUGUAUUUUGUGAAUUACCUAAGAGCCACCAAUAGGGAGCUCUAGAAUCUGACAGCUAACCAAUUGGGUACUACCAAACAGCGACCCCUAUUGCUGAAAGCAGGUAACCAGCAGGGAAUGCUUCAGCUCAGCCUUUGCACUGUUGACUGAACACCCCCUGCUGUGCAGAUAAUGGAGAAAGCUCAUAAAUUGUAUCCCUUCUGGCAUCCUGGCCAACUCUAUUAUGCUGGUGUAAACCCUGGUGCACCAGAAGCCCAGAAUAGCAGCAAAUAAAAUCUGCUCAUACAUCAGCAACUGAUAAGACUUGUCAACCAGUUCUUCCAAAGUCUUCCUAAAUUAUAAAGCUCCAAAAUACUGGCCAAAAGAGAUCAGGCCUGGGAAGAGCGAGCCAUACAAUGGGCACCACCAGUGAAAAGGCCCUGCUCAGUGUAACUCCUGUCCUGACAUUUGAUAGAGUGCCCACUUGCCCUCCUUCUUGACAUGGAAUGCUCUCUAUUGGAGUCUCCAGGUCCAGUACAAAGACCAUAAGAAGGGAGAGCAGGGACCUUGAAGUUCCCAACAGCUGUUAAUCAAGCAAGCACACAGGUCACCUUUGUCACAGUCAGGACGCCUAUGUCCUGGCCAGGCCUGCACCCAGUCUUGUUUUUGUACAAUCUUGUUUGUUCUUAGUCACCAAAAUUAUAUUAUCAACAUAUACAAGCAGAAAAGUUGUUUUCCUUCAUUUGCAAGGAAUCGUACAAAACAAAGUGGCACAAUAAAGAAAAGUUCCAGGGUGGCAACAGAAAACAAACUAAAAAUGCUUUUGCAGUUCAUCAAAACUAUCCAGGAAUAUCAAGUUAUAGGAAAACUGGUGCUAUUAACAGUAAUCCUUCUAGCUGGUUAAUUGGUUCGGCAACUUCCAUGCACAUGACGUGUGAUGCUAAUUAUUUCCCCGAAGAGUUACAUGAUAACUAAUCAGAGGCAGCUACAGGAGAGCUAUGAGAUUCAGGUGAGGGUCAGAUGCCUUGUCAAUCCCAGCAGGUAUAUAAGAGGACAGCCCAGCCUGCCCAGGCCUGUGGCCUGCCCAGCGUUCUCCCAAAGAGGAGAAGCCUAACAUGGAAGACUGGUGUAUAGUAUGCAGAUCUGAAAGGGUGACAAAGGGUAAACCACCCAAAAGGUAUGCUGAAGAGUUUGCUAAAACAAUCAUAGCAGAUACAGCUGUUGUUAGUAGCUCAGAGAAAGUUUGGGAACCUUCAAGCUUCCAAGAGGUCCAAAGUUUAACCUCAGAGGAUGCUGAGCCAUGGUUAAAUGCCAUGAAGGCUGAACUUGAUUCCUUAGAGAGGAACAAGACAUGGGAACUAGUUCCAGGCCUGCCCAGGCCACAAAAGGUUUACAAAGUUCAGUUAUUGCAAAAGUUUUUCAGUGUUAAUUUUAUGCAUUUUUAAAAAUCACCAUGGUAUUGAACAAUAAUAUCUUAUGUCCUUUGGAGGAGAAAUUGUGAAUUGUAGAAUUUUAAAUACCCGUCAUCAUCCUUGUCUCCACUCAAAUUUGUUUAUAACACUCUUCCAUUUUCUUCUAGUUGUGAGGGUGGGGGAUGGGGGGCGCCCUCAUAAGUGGAGUAGCCUAGGGCUCUCUUCAUCUAAAUCUGGCCCUGCUUCAAAAGCCCCAUUUGACUGAGUUGCUGCCGCUUUGAAGUGCUUCUGGUGGAGUCAAGUGGGACUCCAAGGCUUUGUGUCUUGCCUGCACAAAGGGGUCUUCUUCACUGCUCUCUUUUGUCCCACCUGAGCAGGGUGUUUUACUCAGCGGGAGGAAAUAUUUUGCAAACAGGUUGCUAGUUGUGCUCUCACUCCCCACCUCUCCACCCCUGAUCAAAGCCCCCAUUUUGCUGGUUUUCUGAAUUGCACAAAGAGUGGCAGAGCUACCCUGAAGGAGAAAAGGAUGCUUGUGUGUGUGUGUUUAUAAGUAAGUGUAAAUUAAUCAGAGCUACUAACAUGAGUUUUGACCAAGCUGCGGGAGGCAGUGGAAGACAGGAGUGCCUGGUGUGCUCUGGUCCAUGGGGUCACAAAGAGUCAGACACGACUAAAUGACUAAACAGCAAACAACAACAAAUUAAUCAGAAUGUGAGUUUCCCAUAUCUUUAACUGAGCCGUACAAGGCAAGCUGGCUGAAACAUAAUUUCUGCUUAACAGUGCCACUCUCUUCCACAGAUAAUGCAGUAGGAGUAAUAAUUAUACUUAACAUUUAUGUAGCAUUUUAGAGUGCUCAGAGUACUUCAGCAUCUAUUGCCAUUAGGGCUGGAGUGUGCAUUUGAUCAGUUAGAUUAAUUGAUUCAAAAACUUCUAAUGGACUGAAGUGGUAUCAUAAUUAAUUGAGCUGGUGAUUUGAAAUAACAGUGAGCUAAAUCCAAGUAAGAAGUUGGUUGCACUUAGUUUGUAUUGAAACAAUGGGACUUUAUUUAUGCCAUUAUUAACCUGUCCCAUUGAUUUCCAUAGGACCUAAGUUUAUCUCUCUAUUUGUCAAAAUCCCAUGAAGAAGGAAAAUUGCAUUCCAGGACAUGUAAAGUUAUGAGAUACAAGCAACCAGUGGAGAUUACUAUCCCACUUAAUAAGCAGCUAGAUGGAGGAAAGAGGGGCUGAAUCUAGCCCCCACCCCCAGCUGAGUUGCAGAAUAUUAAUAUUUUUUGACAAGGCCCUGGAGUAGCUAGAGUGCAGCAUGGAAAUUUAGCGCAAGAGAUGGAGAAAUGCUGUUGAUUGUACAAAAGGAACUUUGCACCAUGUUUGCAUUGUGGAAACAGCUGCAGGUUGUAAUCGCUUAUCUAUUUUGUUUAUGAAUUGCAUUUCCCAUGAGGCUCAUGGUGAUUUGCAAACAUACAAUAAAAAUACCUUAAGCAUUUUAUUUUAUUUUAAAGUAGAGAAAGCACAAUGUAAUACAGGUUUAGAAACAACACAGAAUAAACACCUGAGGCCAGAGACCAUUUCACCCAACUGGAAAAACGUAUUGAAACAAACACGUCUUCCGUUUAUUUCUGAAAAGGAAUCUUAAGAGAUGCUGUUCCACAAAACAGGGGCAGUCCCAACCUGAGUUGCUGUGAAGUGGGCCCAGGGCAGGUUUUCCCCCAGCCAGAACUGACUGGAACUUGGUUCUGGCAAGUGUCAGGUGGACACCAUUGCCAUUACUGCAUAAGAGAACAAGGAAGGUAUUCAUGAUGAGUUCCGGCGCCUCUUUUUCUAGAAAAAUAGUAUUGCGUGGUCCUCUGAUAUUUUUGGGGGGAUAAUCUCUUCUGCAGAAUGCAAUGACCUAUCACUACUGGGUAGGUAAGGGUUAAGACGGCUUCUCAAAUAACCGGACCCCAAACUGUACACGGCCUUACAUGUUAGGACAGUCAUACCUCAGGUUACAGAUGCUUCAGGUUGUGCGUUUUCGGGUUGCGCACAGCGCCGAACCCAGAAGUACCGGAAUGGGUUACUUCCGGGUUUUGGCACUCGCGCAUGCGCAGAAACACCAAAUCGUGCCCCACUCCUGCGCAGACACGGCGCUGCGGGUUGCGAACGUGCCUCCCGCACGGAUCACGUUUGCAACCCGAGCGUCCACUGUACCUAAACCUUGAGCUUAGCCCUCAUAGCAGGUUGGUAGCCAAUAGACAAGGUGGUAUUUGCUGGUGGAAGUUUGUCCCAACAAGCAGCCUAGCUGCUUGGUUUUAAACCAGCAGCAUCCCCCUGGACCAGCCUCAAGGGAAGCCCCACACAGAGCACAUUGCGGUAAUCCAGCCUGCAGGUUACCAAUACAUGGACAACUGUGAUCAAGUAGUUCUGCGUAGCUGUGGGAAAAAGUGGUUUGUGAGGGUUAGGGCUUAAGUCUCAAAGGGCAAGAUUUUUCAGGAACAUUUUGUAUUUGGUUUAGAGAGAGGGAGCAGCCUCAUUGCUGUAGACUUCUCUCCCAUCCUUGUCCAUUCUAAUUCUGUCUGAUCCAGCAGAAGCUCGGAGAUGCCUUUGGACGGACGAGCCGGGGAUUAGCCCGCAGACAGCCUCAGAAUAGCCAACGCCUGCGGGGCAGCUUGUUAAAACACCCCUCCUCUCUGCCAACCGAUACAAGAGAAAAGCAGCUCUGAAAAAUGAUACAGGGGCCUUGUAUUUCUUAGGAAACAGGCUUAGGAUGCCAAUGAUUAUAUUUAAAGCCGAGCUAUUUUAAUUGCACUGCCCAGGCCUUGGCAGAACAGAGAAAUGAACAAAUUGGUGCCGGAGUGGAAAGAUGGCCAGUAGAGUUGUGGGUCUUUCAUGAUGCUCCAUCUGCUCUUUGCAUUACAAGAAGAUAGCGUAAGUCAUGGGUAGGCAAACUAAGGCCCGGGGGCCGGAUCCGGCCCAAUAGCCCUCUAAAUCCAGCUCCCGGAUGGUCCGGGAAUCAGCGUGUUUGUAGAAUGUGCCUUUUUAUUUAAAAUGCAGCUCUGGGUUAUUUGUGGGGCAAAGGAAUUCAUUAUUAUUUUUUUCUUUUCCAAAAUAUAGUCCGGCCCCCUACAAGGUCUGAGGGACAGUGGGCCGGCCCCCUGCUGAAAAAGUUUGCUGACCCCUGGCGUAAGUCUCUGGACUUGCAGCAGGGAAGGAAAACACUUUGGAAAAUGAGGCAGAAUGGAUUUUAUCUGCAGUGCAGUCCUUUUGGGUGAAUGAAUGGGGUACUGCCCCACCAACCUCAGUCCAUCCUCAGCCAGCCCUUGCCUGCCUACUUGUCUAGCAGGGAGCCACUGCUAGUCAGUUUCUUCCCCCUGAGUUCCAGUGCUGUCCUUGUAGAUGUCAGGAGGAAAGAGGAUGGGGGCAAAAGUAGAAUUAGUUGGCUCUGUCUGUCAUUGGUUCUGGCUCUGCCUAUAUUGGCCUCUCUGCCUUUCGCCCUACCAGUCCCAAUGGAUACCACCAAUGGAUACCACUCUCAGAAUGGAAUCCUAUGCAUAUUUAUUCAGAAGCAAAUCCCAUUGAGUUUGGUGCAGCUUACUCUUAGGUUAGGGUUGCCAUAUUAUAUAUAUUGCUGCUUAAGAUCCAAGAAAUUUCCCCUGGACGUCAAUUCCUCCUUUGAAAUCCUGGUAAUGUCCGGGAAAAUCCAGACGUAUGGCAGCCCUACUCAUGUAAAUGAGCUGCUAUGCUUCAGACAUGAUGCUAUGCCCUGAUUUGUUUGGCUAAAGUAUGGCUUGUUUGGACAUUUGAACUCAGCCACGCAGAGUAACCAUGGUUUGUUUGUUUUUUGGCAACAAACCAUUAUGUGAAACAAACUUUUACAAGGAACCAUGCCUUAUGGGAUCACAACUUAUUUUAACUGUGCUUGCGGACUACAACUCCCAUCAGCCAGCAAAAUCAUCCUGGCUAGGGCUUAUGGGAGAUGCAUUCCAAAACAUGUGGCUGAUCUAAUCACUAACUCCGCCCUGGGGGAAAAACCUCUGGCAGAAAACGAGAAACAAAAUGCUCCAGUUCAACAUUAGUUUUAGGCUCCAUAAAAGCACAGAAAGGGCAAACAAGUACUGGAUCACAUGGAAGCAAAAUACAGCUGCGAAACAACUUUCUUAUUCAUGGGAAAGAGAGCAGGCGUCCUCACUGGUAGCAAAGGACAAUGUCCAGCUUUGGGAAGAGGACGGGUGGGGUGGUCUGUACUGAACAGGGUCCAUUCUCUUCUCUUUCCAUAAGCCAGCCAGUGUGUGCUUGCUGACUGUACAAUGCCUUCGGUCUGCGUGCUGCCCCAUGGCUUCUGGCUGGAGGAGGGGAGGCAUGUUACGAGAGCCGGGUGUUUGUUUCUGAAGAAGGUCACAGAGCUGCCAGCUGUGGCUCCCUGCCCAGGAGCUCUCGGCAUUUCCAACCCUUUCCAUGGAAAAAUGAGUUUUUAGGCGGGUAUCUUAGCAACAGGCUCCCCACAGCCGCACCUCCUUUCUCUCUGUCCCCCAACCCACCCUGGUAUUUUUCCAUUCUUUAGCUAGCCAUAUAACAAGGUGGUAUCUCUCCCCUCUGCUGGUGGCAAUGCUGAAAUCUAGAGCACCAGUCGUGUUACAGCCAAUGAGAGGCAGGGUGGUGUAAUGGUUGGAGCAUCAGACUGAAACCUGGGAGACAAGGGCUCAAAUCCCCAGUCAGGGCUCAUCCAGACUUCCUUUCAUGCCGAUUUUCUAGGCACAGGUCUGGGUUUAAAAGCUCUGUUUCUGAGCAGUUUUCUUUUCGUCCCAGCACUUUUUACAAACCCGACGAAGACUGAGCAUGCUCAGUGGGCAUGGAAUGCUGACUGACAGAUGAGGGUGAGAACCAGAAAAUUGAAGUAUUCCACUCUGCAGCAUUUUGUGGCAGGCUGUGGAUCAAUACAUCUUUAUCAAGUACUGAUCAGUGCGCCAUUAGAGGAUUAAAGCCCCUCUGAAUUUCAUGCAACUCUGUCUCUUUUAUUUCAGGAACUGCCCUUCGCCAUUUAAGCGGAAAAAAGAAAAGCCAGGUAAAUAAUCCUCUGCAAACAUUUUUUAUAUGCAAGACCUGGAAUGACCUGGAACGUGGCUUCUUUACCAGAUUUUUUAAGCUCAAUCCCAGGUGUUUCACCCUCUUGUCUCCUGCCUACAACCCUGCAAUACUCAGCUAGUCACACCACAGUUCUAAACAGGUUUACUUGGAAGCAAGUCCUAUUGGUUUCAAGGGAUUCUGUUAGCGAUCAACGGGACAACUGCCUGGGAACGUCGAAAAAUAUAUGCAGGGCCACAUGUUCCUGGGCUACACUGCUCUACACUGUUAUGUGCUGCAUUAAUGUACAAUAGGUUGCCCUCCAUUUGAUCCAAGAACCACAUGAAGCAGGGAGAAUGCCUUUGUGUGUGUGUGUGUGAAUGAUAUGCUACUAAAACAGAAUGGCCCAAAAAUAGAUUAUUGGCAGUCCAGAGUACAGUGCAGCAGCUGCAAUGUUAAGAAGCUAAAAUGUUUAGCGUUCAUUUUAAUUGUUUUGUCUUUUUUGUAAACCCCUUUGAGGUUUUUCCCCUCACAAUCGAGCGGUGUGUAGGUGUUAUGAAAUGUAGUUUCUGCUGAAGACACACUGAUCAUAAAUAUAUAUACCCUAUUCCUAUGACUGUAAUUUGUUCUAAACUGUUUUUAAUAUCAUACCCUCCAACAUUUCUCUGAGGAAAAUAGGGACGUCCUAUUCCAUAGUAAUAAUAAUUUUAUUACACCUUGCCCAUCUGACUGGGUUCCCCAGCCACUCUGGGCAGCUUCCAACAUAUAUGAAAACAUAAUAAAACAUUAAACUUUUUUUUUAUUAAAAAAACCUUCCCUAUACUGGUGUCCUCUAAAGGUUAUAUAGUUAUUUAUCAGCUUGGCUUGGCGGGUUGCAUAGCUCUAUACCCUCCAUCAUUUCUCUGAUGAAAAUAGAGAUGUCUUAAGGAAAAGUGGGAAGUUCUGGGAUCAAGUCAGAAACCUAGAUGGCUUCUGUAAAUCCUGGACUGUCCCUGGAAAAUAGUGACACUUGGAGGGUCUGUAAUAUUGAAUUUAAAAUUGCAGUAAACCAUUUUGAGACCUUAUGGUGAAGGGUGGGUAAGAAACAACAACAACAACAGAAAACGGGAACAGGAUUGGGUAAUACUUUAAGGGCAGUUGGAAACAGGGUGUUUUCAGAACUAGAAUGUUAUGUGUGCACCAGGCGUAUAUCAACAUGGAGACAAAGAAACAUCCAAAUUCAGACUUUGGGCUUAGAGCUGAAAACAUCCUUCCUAAAAGCAAGCAGGAGCCAAGAACAAUAAACAGAAUUGCUACCUGGCUGCCCAGUGCGGCCCUGGCCUAGCAAAACACAUCGCUUGACAAACAGCAAAGUUAGCAGAGAGGAAUAAACAGAAUGUUCCUAGGUUUCUUGGAGGACUUGAAAGGAAAACUCCACUGUUACAUUCCUUCUGCUAGAUGUUGCUAUGGCCACUAACCACUGUGGUCAUCUGUACCCCAGUGCUUCGUGGGAAGCUUUCUGCCAAAGGAACGGAUCUGGGCUUUAUCAUGGGAGAAGGUCAUGUGUUCACUCUGGGUUAAAAAUUAGCAAAGGUCGCAGUGAAGGGGGCUCACUCUCAGCGCUGGAUCUCUUUGGUGUUCAAAUAACUGAAUAAUAGCUGAAGUCCUAUUGACUUUCACACACAAGAGACUCAGGUGCUCUGACUUGAGCGCCCACAGUCUGAGGCUGACAAUACAAACAACAUGAUUUUGCACCCCUGCUCUUAAUUUUCAUGUGUUUUACCAGCAGAAUCUUACUCUUCUGCUGAGCUUUUUUUUAGCUUGUUUUGGUUGCAGCAAUUAUAGUGGGGCUGGGGUCUCAUUCCUCCCUCAAAAACAAUUAAGGAUUUGUAUUUGUGAGAUGACGCUGUUUCAGAACACAUGUUGAGGAAGAACGCCCUGGUGCCUGGGUGGAUAGAAUAAUUCUAUUUCCGGAAGCCUACUGGAAACCUCACAGUGCCUACAUAUUUUUGGAGGUGUUUGUAAACUCAUGGGGUCUAGCAACUUGCUGUUUUAAAAACAAACUUACAUUAAUAGGAUUCUGCUGUUCUAAUUUAGCCUCUCCUAUCAUUGUUUAGUACGAGCUAUGCUGCUUCUCUAAAUAUCAGCUGUUUCUUCCGCAGGUACAAGAAUCAUUAAGUCAAGCACCCAGCAGCACCCAGAGAGCAAGAAGGUAAAACUGCCUCUGAAAAGACUUUGCUACCAAUUGCAAAAUACUUUGCUAACAAUUGCACAAGCUCCUAAAGUAUGUUACUGAUUCAGUGCCGUGUUACUUUGAGUUGAAGUCGUGCCUAUUGGAUCAGCCUUAUAACUCCGUUCUUGGCCCUAAUUCAUACACACAAGAGGCCACACAGGCAUAUGAGUUGCAGUGCUGUGAGUGCAGCUUCAUGAGCCUAGUCAAUUUGUGAGUGUGCUCAAUUCAGGCCAUUUUUAACCAUACAAACACAAUGCAUCUACUUUGGUGCAUUCAUCCUUCCUUGGAGGUUUUUACACAGGGGGUGGAUGGCCACAUCUCAUGGAUGUUUUAUCUGAGAUUCCUGUAUUGCAGGGGUUUGGACAAGAAGACCCUUGGGGUCCCAUCCAACUUCUAUGAUCCUGAUGUAUGUUUAACUGCAAUUCUGAAGUCAUCAAUAAUUGUGAAUGCAUUACCAUGGGUUGAUGUAUAAUUCUGGAGUAAUUAAUCUGGAAUAAUGAAAGUGUUUGCUCUGGUGUUAGUAAGACUCUGCCUGGUGCUAGUAAGACAGACUCAAUGGAGCAAAAGCAGCUCUCUUCUAGCCCAGUGACAGAACACUAGCUUUGCAUGCAGAAGGUCCCAGGUUCGAUCCCCAGUGUCUCUAAGGAAAGCUGAGACUAUCCCUGUCUGAUAUCCAGGGAAGCUGCUGUCAGUCAGUGUUGACUGUACUGAGCUAGAUGGACCAAUGGUCUGACUCAGUAUAAGGCAGCCCCCUAUGUUCAAUGGGGCUCAAGCAGAAGAAUUUUCCAGUGGAUUGUGCCCCAUGUAAUUAUUUAUUAUAUUAUAUAUUGUUUAAAGCCCAAACCGGUUUCUGAGCUGUUCUCUCUUGUAUAAAAUCCCAUUGCACAUAGCAUUAAAAUACAGUGGUGCCCCGCAAGACGAAUGCCUCACAAGACGAAAAACCCGCUAGACGAAAGGGUUUUCCGUUUUUCGAUGCACUUCGCAAGACGAAUUUCCCUAUGGGCUUGCUUCGCAAAACGAAAAAGUCUUGCGAGUCUUGCGAUCUUUUUUGCUCCCCCCCUUUUUCUAAGCCGCUAAGCCACUAAUAGCCUUUUAGCCGCUAAGCCGCUAAGCCUUUAAUAGCCGCUAAACCGCUAAUAGCGCUAAUCCGCUAAGCCGCUAAUAGGGUUGCUUCGCAAGACGAAAAAACCGCUAGAUGAAGAGACUCGCGGAACGGAUUAAUUUCGUCUUGCGAGGCACCACUGUACGAGCAUGCAUAAUUAGACUACACAAUAAAACCCCUUUAAAACAGUAAAACAGGAAUAGGAAGUUACCAUAAACGGAGUCAGGCUAUUGGUCUGCCUAACCCAGUACAGUCGUACCUUGGAUCUCAAAUGCCUUGACUCCCAAAUGAUCAAAACCCGGAAGUGAGUGUUCUGUUUUCAAACUAUUUUUGGAAGCUGAACGUCCAGCGGGGCUUCCACAGCUUCCGAUUGGCUGCAGGAACUUCCUGCAGCCAAUCAGAAGCUGCGCUUUGGUUUCCGAAUGUUUUGGAAGUCAAAUGGACUUCCGGAACGGAUUUCAUUUAACUUCCAAGGUACCACUGUAUUGCAUUUACUGACAGGGAGUGUUCUCUAGGGUUCCAGACUGUGAGCCUCUUCCAGUCCUACCUGUAGAUGCUGUGGGUUGGCCCUAAGACCUUCUGAUGUAAAGCAGGUGCCACAUCACUGACCUGUGGUCCUUCCCUUAUAAACUAACAUUAAAAAUAUGGAGUGAAUAUAAUGCAACAGGGGUGCAAUAUGGGUUUUCCGCCUGAUGCACCAACAUUCAUUGGGCUGAGCUUGCUUCAGAGAGAUUUGCCUUCCUCAAUAUCUUCUCCUUUCUCUCUCUCUCUGAAGGGAAUGGAUGUUGGGCCCGUUUAUGACGACGUGUCUGAGUUCCCAGUCUAUGCCACCGUGAGCAAGCCAAAGAGCAUGAAGCGCGACGACAGCAGUGUGCAUUACGCAGACAUCCAGGUCUUCAGCAAAAUACGGGAGCGCUCAGCUGAAGAGGUGAAGACGUUCCAGUCCCAGAACACUACAGAAUAUGCCACCCUCAACUUCCCCCGGGCUACACUGAAGUAUGACAGUAAGAAUGGCACUCUGGUGUAA